ACAGUGGGGCAAGGGGAUAUAAUCGCGAAUGGCGAGUUCCGGAGGUAAAAGAAAGUCUGUUACUACUAUUACUAUUGUCUAAAGUAAAAAUAAGGUUCAUUAGAAGAUUUUAAUAAAAGACAAAGUUUUGGAUACAAUUUUGACAACUCCUCGUUAUUGAUAAGGUAACUGGUUUUAUUUAUGAAACACGGUGUUUGAGCCGUCAUGUAUCUUUGUGUUGAUCUCUAAGCCUUACGACUAGAAUAGUAGUGACUAGACCAGUGGUCGGCAAAUUGCGGCUCGGCCAAUCGGCCACUAAUACUAGUAAUAGUAAUACGUUAAUACGUUUUGACUCCAAAAACAUGGUUCUUGCAAAGAAAUUAGGCUCUCAAAAAAUUGUAAUCGUCCUGCUGCUGAUUUUUGGCUCUUUUGACUAGUGAGUUUGCCGAAUUCUGGACUAGACUAUCAUUAGUUGACUGAGGUUAACAUCCAAAUUUUAAAUUAUUACUCAAAAUAAUAAUAAAUAGGCUAUUGAGAAAAUAGUGGCAUCCACAAUGAGCAUUUACCUAUAAUAUAUUAUCAACAAUAUCGGUAAAUAGUGAAGGAAAAUGCCACUAUUUUAUCAGUCGCCGCCAUCUUGGUUGACACCUCACGUAACACUUCACAUAUGAGGUGUCAACCAAGACGACAGCUGAAAAGCAGUGCAAAACAUGUGUUUUUAAAAAGGAAGACGAGGGUGAAAAAAUGUUUUAAUUUUUAAAAAAUGAAAGGAAAUUAAUAAAAUUAAUAGCAUUUUUUUGAAGAUCUAUAUGCCUAACCCGAACCCUAAAUCACUAAAUCUAUCCCUAUGCCUAACCCGAACCCUAAAUCACUAAAAACCCGGACCCUAAAUCACUAAAAACCCGGACCCUAAAUCACUAAAUCUAUCCCUAUGCCCAACCCGCACCUUAAAAUCACUAAAUCUAUCCCUAUGCCGAACCCUAAAUCACUAAAUCGAUCCCUAUGCCUAACCUGAACCCUAAAUCGAUCCCUAAAACUAACCCUAAAGACAAAGCCACAAGUAAAACAUGUGGAAUUAACUAAAAAAAAUAAUAAAAAAUCAAUAAAAAUUGGCGAAAAAUAAUAAUAACAUAAAUAAAUAAUGAAAACCCAAAUUACAGUUUCAUGAAAUACUCUUUUACACAUUUUAUUUCAGAUUCAGAUUGCACAAAUAAUAUCCAGAUAAUGAAUGGAGCACAAGAACCGGCAAGCCCUGCCAAAAUGUUGGCAAUAUGGCGUCAUAAAUAAAAUAUGCAAAUUAGCCAACCAAUCAUAAUUUAGAAUUAUAAUUAAUCAACCAAUUAAAAUUUUAAUACAAAACAGGUCAUCAGCGUACUAAUACUAAGACAUAACAAAAUAAUUCUCUAAAAAUAAACAAAAGGAAGUGACUCUACCAAAAAUACGUCGUGGCAUUUUCAAUGAUGAACAGCCACAAUAUCAUAUAUUUAUAUGACUAUAGUUAAGUGUAGGCAAAAAUAGGACCAUGGCAUAGGCCUUGUUAGUAAGUACUAAGUUAUUACAUGAAGACUACUGGCAGUACUGAUGUGUUGUGUGUUUUGCAGCUUUUAUUUAGAUGAUUCUAAUUCUUGAUAUUUUAUUCUCACUUUUUAAUUGUCUUAAUACAAAUUAUUGUUGAAGUAGAAGACUGACAUUAUCACUAUGAUAAUUAAUAGUUGUAGUACCAGGGCCGGCCCUAACAAUUGCGGGGCCCUGUGCGAAACGGAUUGCGCGGGGCCCAGUCUGGGUAGGGAUAAGAAUAAUAAGUAGAUUUUGUAUUAGAAAAUAAAUUCGUCUUUGCAUUUUAUUCAUUCUUUACUAAGUACAAAAUCACGAUCAAAUUAACUUUACUUCACGAGCCUUGCGUGUAGCGAAGUCAUACAGUAUAUUAUCAAAAUUCUGUUACCUACAUAGAUGACGCUCAAUAGCAAGAAUUGCCAAAUUGUUCAAUCUAUCUUCGUGAAUUGUUGACCUCAAGUAAUUCUUGAUUAGUUUGAGGCACGAGAAGCUUCUUUCACCAAAAACCACAGUUACAGGUAUUGUUCAAAAUAUUCUGAGUGCAAUAAAGUAGUUUGGGAAAGCAGUGUAUCUUUCAUUAGUGGACAGAUAAGCCAAAAUUUCUACCGGGGUUUUGGCGGUAUUUGGUUGAAUAUGCCUUAAAGAUUCCAUUUCAUCUGCUAAUUCUCGCCCACGUAUAUCUGCUGACUGGUCUUUUGAUGACGUCAAUGCUUGCUCGAGGCUCGCUGUAAACUUUUGUAUGUCAUCACGCUGAAGGCUCUUGAAGCUGACAAGAAACUCAAACAGAUUGUGGUUUGAUUUCAGCUGUUCAAAUCUCGGCUACAAGGAUUGAAUUGCAAUGUCCACAAUUCUGUUGAAGCAAUUUAUCCUAUGUCCACAAUUCUGUUGAAGCAAUUUAUCCUUUGGUCAUCUUCAGCAUUUCCAGGUGUGAAGUUUUCCACAGAUUUAUCAUACUGCCUUUUCCCUUGACGUUUGGCUGGAAAGAUUGCAAAAACUUCCAUGUUUUUAGACAAGGCUGGGACUGUAAAAGGUUAACAACAGUGUCUUUUUCAUCUUACCCCAAGUUCCCCUAAAUGAUGAGUUUAGAGAUUAAAGCACCCAAGCAGCUACAAUUUUAAAAAAUUUUAUUUACUUGUUGUAAUCACUUGAAACAACGACAAAAUAGAUUAAAAAACAUUAUAAAAACAGAAUAAACACGCUGACCUAUACAUGAUUAUAAGUUAUAAUGGUUUAAUUUAAUAAUUUACACCUAGAAUUAGCGUGGGGCCUAUAAAAGUGCGGGGCCUACAGCAGCUGCAUAGGUUGCAUUGGCCUAAGGCCUGCCCUGUGUAGUACAAUGGUUCCCAAAUUUGAUUUGAGAGCCCUUUUUACUUUAUUUAAAAACAUUAAAUUAAUGAAUCAAUGAUGUACAUGUAUUAAUGUAUAUAUUUGCAAUUGAUAAUGAUUAUGUUAUGGGCACUGUGAGGGAGCCCCUUAGCCUAGUGGCCUUAGGCUUACCUGAAACAGCUACCUUACAGGUUUAUAGUAAUAGUAUAAAUUUAGAAGUUUCUUGGGUUCAGAGCAGCUGCAGAGCCCCUGCUAUGUGAAUUAUGUGGACUGUGGAGAACACACACAGUUGGGGAAUAAUUAAUUAUUUUAAUAGUUAAUUUAAGGCCCAAACACAUGUCUUAAGAAUGACUUUUGAAUUUAUCAGUCUAUGAAGGGCCUAUUUUUUUUACUCCAUGUGUUGGGAAAGUCUUUUCUCCAACCUCUGCACUUUUUAUGAUUUUAUUAAUUAUGAAUAUUCUAAUGAUGGAAUUGAAGAUACAGAGAGUUUGAGAGUUGCCUCCCUUCACUUCAUCAUUAUUUAAGUUCAUGAACAUAAUAAAUUAAUAUCUAUUAUAAUAUACAGGCCUAUAGCCUAUAUGUAUUAUUAUAUAAAUAUUGUCAAAAUCACAGAGAGAACAUUAUAUCUUUUCUUUUCAGGCAAUGGUUUUAGAUUAGAAAAUUCUAGUUAGCCAGUUAUCUCCCAAUAAUAAUAAUAAUAAGUGGUCUUAUAUAGCGCGGUACCCCGGCCUAGGGCUGGGCUCACCGCGCUGUACAUAAAUAUAGCAAUCAUAAUAUUAAAAUAAAAUACAUAAAUGAAAUAAAAACAACAUAUAAGCAAAACAACACCAUAGGUAUAUUCAUCCACCCACACCAGACAUUUUUACAAGGAAACCCAUGUACGUUUAUCGGUUUAUAGGAGGAGAAUCAGUCAGAGUAGUAUAGUUUAAAUAGAUGUGUUUUGAGUGCAGUUUUGAAGGCCUGUGUGGUUGUUAUAUUGCGGAUGUGUAGUGGCAAAGAAUUCCAUUGUUUGGGGGCGCAGAAAGAGAAAGAUCGUUCACCAUAUAAUUUAGUGCGUGUCUUGGGAACGGACAGAAUACGCGAGUCUGCGGAGGAGCGAAGUUGUCGAAGGGGUGAAUAGACAGAAAGAAGUUCAGUUAGAUAGGAAGGGCAGGAAUCCGAGAAAAAGUUGUGACAGAGAAGAGACAGCUUGUAGUCAAUGCGUGCCUGUAUAGGUAGCCAAUGUAGUGAGUGGAGUAGUGGAGUGACGUGAUCACGUUUUUUUGCCCUAAGAACAAGCCUAGCAGCAGAGUUUUGAACUUUCUGCAGUUUUUCUAUAAAAUGUUUCGGUGAACCUGACAGAAGUGAGUUGCAAUAGUCAAGACGAGAGAGAACAAGAGCACAGACUAGAGUUUUUGUUGCGCUAACUGUCAGGUAGUGGCGGAUGGAGCUGAUCUGACGGAUGGCGGUGUAUGCCGAACGACAAAUGUGAGAGAUAUGUUUAUCGAGAGACAUGUUGUUAGAAAGAAUAUAACCAAGAUUCCUAGCAGAGGGUGUAAACUGUAUGUCGGAGUUACCUACUUGAAAUGAGGUGGGAAGAGUUGAGGUAGAGGAUGAUUUGUGAUUGUAAAUGAGGAGUGCUUCUGUUUUGUCAUCAUUAAGCUUCAACUUGCUGAGUGUCAUCCAAGACUUGACAUCAUCAAUGCACCCCCGCAAAGUCUGGACAGCGGAAUCGACAAGAGAUGGAUGGGUAUGCAUGUAUAGCUGCGUAUCAUCUGCAAAUGACUGGUUCUCAACAGCAUGCCUCCCGAGCAAGAGGAGUAGUGGUCUGGUAUACAUUAUGAAUAGAACCGGACCCAAAACGGACCCCUGUGGCACUCCGUACACCAAAUCAGCACUGCCGGAGAGACAGCCAUCGACAGAGACCAUUUGCGUUCUAUCAGAGAGGUAGGACCUAAACCAAGCCAAAACCGAACCAGAAAUUCCAAAGUAGUUUUCAAGGGUUUUGAAAAGGAUUUCAUGGUCAACAGUGUCAAAGGCCGCACUGAGGUCUAAGAGGAUCAAAAUGGAGACAUUACCGCUGUCCAUUGCGCGCAAGAGGUCAUUACUGACUCUCAAGAGAGCUGUCUCCGUGCUAUGGAAAUGUCUAUAGGCCGACUGAUUAGAACUGAGAAGAGAGUGAUCAUUUAAGUAAGCAAAAAGUUGUUUUAGGACUAGUUUUUCAAUAACUUUAGAUAAAAAUGAUAAGUUAGAUACAGGUCUAUAGUUUUUUAAAUUAUUUUCAUCCAGACCGGGCUUCUUAAGCAAUGGUUUGAUGACAGCUGAUUUGCAAAGAGGCGGAACAGUGCCAGAAUAUAAGCUUUCAUUUAUUAUGCGGGUUAUUGUUGGGAGCAAGAUAUCUAAUGACUCAACCAACAGGGGGGUUGGGAUGGGAUCCAAAGAACAUGACGUACGUUUAGAUUUUAGGAUUAUAUUUUUUACCUCAAGUUCUGAAACAGGUUUAAAAAUAUUAAAAUGUGAAGUAAGACAAGGGAAAUGAGGCAAUUCCAUACUAGUUAUAGUUAGUAGUAACAUUAAUACAUAAGCUGGUUGAAACAAAAAAAUUAUUAGCAGUUGUAAGUUUGAAAAAUGUCUCUAUCUGAUCUUAACCCACAUAGAAACUUCCAACUCUACAGAUUUCCCAGUAAUUCCAGUCAGUCCUUUUUGCCAAUGAAGUAUUUUUAAAAUAAAUGUUAUUUGAGGUAAACAAGACAAAACACGUGCCACUUUGUUAUCAAUUAAGGUUAAACUCAUCAUGGAUACUGAUGUUCAUAAAAAAAUUAAGUGGCAUUCAGUGGUGUUAUCUAGAGGAUUUAAUCUCAUAUUUAUCAUUUUAAAUACUAAAUUCAGAUGACCUCAAAUGAUGUCAAGACCAAAUUUGUGAUCAUCCCAGGAAAUGGAGCAGGUGAUGUUACUCGUUCUAAUUGGUAUGGCUGGUUGUCUAGGAAACUACGAGAGGGUGGAGCCGCUUGUGAGUUAAGGGACAUGCCUGAUCCUAUCAGGGCCUCGGAAUCAGUGUGGCUACCUUUUAUGGAGUCAGGUGAAAAUAUUUAUUUAAAUUGAAAGAUUUUACAGAAAACUUUUACUCUAUAAUAUAGACAUAAUAAGGUAUCAGUUUAACACACAAAGCACUUAUGGGGUUUAAGAAAUAAGGUUGAGUCUGUAAAUUAGUUUAAAAUAAAAAUUAAUUCAAUAACUGAUAAUAAAUAGUUUUGAGUAUAUAUUUAAUCCAGAUUCAUAAAUGAAUCCACACAAAUGAUUUACAUGGAUGAGUGCUGAAAUUUGUGUCUAUAGUCAUAUGUAGCAAUAAAUAAGUCUAAUGUAAAAAAAAAUUUAAAUAUGAACAAAAUUAGUGUUAAAAACAUAAAUUAGUCCUGACACAAAAGAAUAUCUAUCUCAAAUUUAAAAACUAAUAGCUAUAACUCUCAGAAACGAUACAUUUUUCCUUCCAUUUACAAAUUCCCCAUUUUGUGAUCAAAAAAAUUUACCAUCAUUGCCAAAAAGUAGUGGUUGUGCUAUGAGUGUUAGUUAUAUAUUACUCUCGAAUUGUUGAUAAUCAAGAUUUAAUUCUGUCUUUCUCAGAGCUGAAUUGUGAUGAAAACACUAUAAUACUGGGACACAGUUCUGGUGCACAAGCAGCCAUGAGAUAUGCUGAAACUCACAAAGUAAGAUUUUGUAUACUGAAAUGUUACAUUCACUGUAAGGGACCAAGCUAUUGCUCUUUAAUAGCCACGACAAGUAUGGAACAGGCCUGCCUGCCUCAUCUGCUGGGCAGUCCCAUAAAUCACGCUUUCAACGUGGUGGGCUGGGAGCUAAUGUUGAGCACUCUGCUAGAAUGUGCUCUACUGUCUCCGGCACCUGUCCACAUAACGGCAGCUCGGGUCCCGCAAUGGGUGCAACUAUUGAGGUAGCUACGGGUAGGGCAAUGCUCUGUUCUCAUCUGGGUGAGGAGGCUCUGCUGGUGGCGUUUAAGACUCUACCAUUGAUCGCCCGUUUCGGUUUGUUUUCAGCAUGCUUGGGUAAAUUUUUGGGGUGUGGUACCCUGUUCCCAUUCUUUAAUCGAUUCCUCAUGGAAGAGGUCCUUAAUCUAGGCCUUGGCCCCCAGUUGGGUCAUUGGUCAGUUAGGUUGAGGCUGGGAAGAGCCUUGUUUCGCAAGAUAGUCAGCUCUGUCUUGUGGGGGCAUCCCCGCGUGUCCUGGGAUCCAUUGAAGGGUCAUUUUGCCUCUGUGAGACUGUAUGACUGAUUUUUAUGCUAAAUACUUCUAGCCAUAAACAAAAUUAGAAUUACUGUAUUGUGAAAUCCAUCGUAACUGACGUAACUUUCAUAAAAAUACAUUUGCAUCCAGUAUAAAUUAAAAAUGCCAUUAAAUGUGCUUAAUUUAAUGAUAAAUAGUUUUGGGUCUCAAGUUAGUAGACUGCAAAAGAAAAGCAUUUACAAAAUAUAUAAUUAGCAUAACAAUAAAAAUAAUAAAUUUUGAGAUUGAAACUGACGUAACAUUAACACUUAACUUAUGAGUUAACAUCUUUUUUUGUUGAUUUCAUCUGAAUUUGCUUGAAUUGAAAUAUAUAUAUUUUUUUCAAACUAAUUAUCUGACGUGUUCACUUUCCUAAAGAACACAUUUAAAUGCUAAUUAGAAAGUACAUUAAAAAAAAUAAUAAAGACAAAAUAAUGUAACCGGGGUAACAUGACUUUAUAACUGACAUAAGGCGUCAGAAUGCAGGUAAUCAAAAACAGACCAAGUGUCAAUUCUUUUAAAUGCUUCACCACAUCAGUUAUAAAGUACUUAAAUAAAAAACAUCGUUGUAAUGCUUGUGCAUCAUGUGAUAACAGUGACUAUGAAAAUUGUCUAGUCUAUCAAUAUUUAUUAAUUUUCAACACAAAAUUUCUAUUAAAAUGUGCACUCAUUUUCUUAUUAAUUCAAGAUGGCCAUCAGGUCAUGCGUCACACAGAACAAAGAUAAUAAAAAUAAGCCCAUACCGAGAUGUAUUAAAAAUAAAUUUAUAUAGUAACAAAUGUGAUGAAAUUUAAUUUUUGUAUAUUGUGUCCACUUUUGAAUGGAGUUCAUGGUAUGUACGCUACAAGCUAUUGUCAAAUUAUGAAUUUCAAUAUAUAUGAUAAAAUUUUAAGCUAUUCACAAAGUCUGAACUUCAUUUUGUGCACUACAAGCUAUACGCAAUGUAUAAAUUUAAUUUUUAUUUAAAAUCUUUACAUUUCACUUGUGAAUCAUGAGUGAAAGAAAUACAUGAACUGCAUAUAAUGCUAUAAACUUAUGGUAAAAUAUGCUUCUUAAGGUUGGAUCUUUGCAUUAUUCACAAUUUUAUAACAUGUUUUAUUCCUCACUAAAUGGAUAAACAUCUACUUUUGAAAUCCAAUUUUUGACAAUUCUUAAGUUCUUACACUGAUGAAUAGCAAUUUUGUCAAAAAAUGGACUUAAUAAAUUUUAAACAAUUUAGUUGUUAUUGGAGAUGAUUCAUCGGUUAAUUAUGCAAACUCUAGCAAUACAGAUUCCCAUUUUGAAUUUAAAUCCAGCUAAAUAAAUAAUUUAUGUCCCUCCUGACAAAGUUAUUAAGUUUAUUUAACAAAUCACACUAUACAUGGAAAUUGAAUUGUAUGCCUUUUUUCAACCAAAAGUAAGGGAUCGGCAUCAUAAGUUGAUUAUGUUAUGCGCUGUAAUAUAUAAGAAUGAUUAAAUUUCCUUAAUUCGUCUUUAAAAUUUCUUUAAUAUUUAUCCUUUAUUUUGGUGGUUAAUUUCCUUAUUUUAUUCAAUUUCUCUGUCAGUUGAUCAGAAGAAAAAAAACAGUUUACUUAAAGACUAAAAGCAACCAUGUGAAAACUUAUUUUCUUUAUAUUUUCAAAACGCUUAUAUUUUUAUUGCAGCUAUAACUGAUCUGAUACGAUUACAGCUAUUUUUUUAAAGACUUUUGAUUUUUAAUUCCACUCAGCGUUCAUUGCUGACUUCCUGAUUGAGAUUUCCGUUACUCUGGGUUUCACAAGUAUAAGGGCCACCCAACCAAGCAUGUAUGCAUAUCCCAACAUGACCUUGGACAAAUCAGAAGUUGCUAUAUCAGGUUUAAGUGGCAUACUUCCUCACUCUUGUUCCAUUGGAUGAAGUCUAAUGUCAAUUUUUUUUUUGUUGAACUAUCUCUCUCUGUGAGAUAAACAGACUAAUUGAAAACAAAAUGUUUUAUAUAAAUAGAAAAGGGUGUAUAAAAAAAAAAAAUUUUUUUUUUUUGCGUUAAUAAAAUUUCUUUCCUCUGGCAGGUGUUUGGUCUAGCCCUUGUGUCGGCAUGUGUUACAGAUCUAGGAGAUGAAAGUGAAAAAGCCAGUGGCUAUUACAACCGACCUUGGGAGUGGGAGAAAAUUAAGUCAAACACUCAAGUUCUUGUCCAGUUUGGCUCAACUGAUGACCCCUUCAUCCCCUGGUCAGAGCAAGAACAAGUUUCACAAGGGCUUGGCUGCAGGCUUGUCAAGUUCAAUGAUAAAGGUCACUUUCAGAAUUCACAAUUCCCAGAGCUAUUAAAGUAUUUGUUUAGCUUUGUUAAUCAAAGUAACACCGCUGUUGGUUCAUCAGAGUAAACAAUACCGUUGACCCAGAGUAAACAAUACAAUUAAACACAUACAUACCAUUAACUGCAGAGUAAACAAGAUGUAAAACCUUAAGUUAAACAGUACUGUUUGCCACGUAUUAAACAUUUUAGUAUAUCACAGAGUACAGGAAAUUAAUUUUCUGCAGUAAAAUAGAUAGUAGCAAUGGAAGUUUUUUUCUUUUAUUUCUUUAGUUUAGUCUUUCGAGUGGAACUACCAUUUAUGCUAAUAGAUAUAUUUUUGUGUGAAAAGUUUUUAAAAAAUUGUUCCAACAGCUUAAAAAAAUUGUUUUAAAAACUAGAGAUUUUGUUUCUGUAGCACUCAUUUAAUUACAAUCUUGAGGUCUUGAUUAAUCAAAUAUGUUGACUGCAAGUUCCUAUCCAGACGUAUGUCUCAUUGUUAUAGCCUUUUUUCUCAUCUGUCUAACACAUAAACUCUUUUGAAUUCAGAACUGAACAUAUUGCUACUGUGAUCUAUGUGUUUGGUACAUGCACAAAAGGUGAAGCUGGUUUUAAAAAUCUGAUGACCAUUCAGUUCUUUUUUACUGCCAGGCUCACUUCUACAGACCUGUUUACUCGUACGAUUUUGGCGUACAACGUACGAUUUUGAGGUGUAUACAUUAUAUAUACUGAUGUUUAUUUUACUAUUAAGAAAAUGUAUUGAUUGAUUUUCUGAUGAUAUUGUACGAUUUUAAGAGUUUGAGGGUAAACAGGUCUGCUUCUAAUGCAUCUUGUUUGCUCUUUGAUUUGAUAAAUCAUAAUGAUUCUGGUGAUUAAUUUAAGUCUGAAUAUGGGUUAAGGUAGAUUUCAGAAACCUUAUUUAAUGCUUAGGGCUUAACAGUUGUGAUUAUGUAAUCUUUGCAAAUCUAAACAUCACAGUUGGUGCAGAUUUUUCCUCACUCUUUUCUGCCUCACACUUUUAUACUCUUUAUGUCAUCCAAUGCUGAUGCAGUAGCUUUAUCCUCUUUUAAAGACUGAUAUUUGAAGUCAAGCAAUGACAUGUUCAAAUCACUGGGCAUUAAGACAGCCUGGCGAAUCUGAUAUUUCAAGGUACCGGUACCACUAUUCCCCUUUAUUUUCAAGGCAUUUUAUCAAUUAUAUGGUGUAUCAGCUGACAUAGACUGUUAUGUCACCUUCAAUAUAGCCUUUAUUUUCAAACCACCCCAAAAAAUGAAAUCCCAUGACUUAUUUGAAGUUAAAGAAAUCUGUUUAUCACUCAGCAUGGGGCUUAAAACCUCUGAUUGUCUCUAAGCAGAAUUAUUUGUAAAAGUGUAUUCCUAAAAAAUACUAUGUUUUUUUUUUAAAUAAGCAACUCUUUAUAAUCACUGGUAUGUUUGUUGGAUUUACAGUUUUUUUUUAUCUUGUUCAACUGGAGUAGGACUCUUGAUAUUAAUUUAUUUACGGGUAAUGAAAAUAUUUCAAAUGAAAACAGCUCUGAAUAUUAACCUGAUUGUCAGUAAUUUAAAAAAAUGUUCAAAUGAAAACAGCUGUGCAUAUAUUGACCUGAUUGCAAGUACGAAAUUUAAUACUGUAAAUCAGGGGUGGGCAAGCUUUGUGUGUGUAGGGCCCCAUUGACAAAGAAAAGCUAUUGGAGGGCCGCAUAGAUAUUUUGCCAUAUUAGCAUUACAUUACGAUGGUCAAGGAUUGUUUACAAAAAUAGAAAAUUGGAAUGAAAUUUUAUUAAAAAUGUUAAAGCAAUCAUAACGGUAAAUGAAAUGCUGUAAAAUUCAACAAGAUAACUUGAAAACAAAGGAAUUUAUUUUUAUUUCUAAAUGCCCUCGGGGGGCCGCAUAACAUCAGCUGCUGUGCCGCAUGACACCAGUUUGCCCACCUCUGCAGUAAAGUCAUCAUUCAUUGUGGAAUUCUACUGUGAUAUGUAAGCGAUCUUGGCUUAUUUAACAUUAAAAAAAAAAGUUUCAUUGGUUAAAUUUCUUUCUUUUUAAUUUAUUUUCUUAUACAAAUUGUUAUUUUGGUACCGUACAUGAACUAACAAAAGAAUAUUUUUAUCUCACAUACAGGAUAUUUUUUUAUUUCAUCCUUGUUCUAAUUUUUCAAAUGAUAAAAGCUGAACAAUUAUCUCAAUGAAAAAGGAAAAGUAGUUUAAGCUAUCUAUCAAAAUCGUCUGAUUUAUUUGAGUGUUAUUCCAUAUAGACUAACUAACUGUAAUAGAUUAUUAAAAAAAUAACCCUAAUACAUCAUUUUAAUAGAUCUUAGUAAUUCAAUAGAAAUUUGCUGUUCAAAACUGCAGAAGAACUUACUGGAAAUGCCAGUGGCAUGAUAGCAUUCUCUCCCCAUUUUUUUUUUUUUUUUUACAUACCAAUGAAAUGACAAAAUUCAAGUAACUACAGAAGUUUAAUAAAUAAAAACAUAUUUUUCAUAUGUUUUGAACUGGGCAAAAAAAAAUAUUAAUAGUUUAAUGUGGGGUUUUUUGUUCGUUUUUUUUUUUUUUUUUUUGGUGGCUUCCCGCUAGAUACCGUGAUUUUUUUGAAAAACAGAGCUCAUAAUAUAAUAAAUAAUUGGAAAUGUCUUUCAAUAGCUGCGACUUUAUCUUUUGUACUGCUGUUGUCAAAGGAUCACACAACUUUUGGCUUUUAAAAAUAAUAAUUGAUAUUCUUUGUUUUAACUAGUAUUGCUGUAUUUUAUUGGUGUUAAUCAAAGAAUUACCAAUUUUUAUUUUUGAAAUUAUCCUUGAGGUUAUGAUCUUGACUUAUAUCCUUGAGAUUAUCUGGUUCUCCACUAAUAUCCUUGAGAUUAUCUGGUUCUCCACUAAUAUCCUUGAGAUUAUCGUGCCUGCCUAUUAUCUAUAUUUUUCAUGCGAGUUCAAAACUGAGUUUUUCAUAGUCAUAAAAAUCAAUUUUUAUAUUUUUAACCAAUGUAAUAACCUUCUGUUUUUGAAGUUGUCUAUUUCCACCAGAUAAGAAACAAGUCAUAUGUUGAUUAUUGUUGUUAUGAUAGGACCAAGUGUUAUGUUAUACUGAAAUUGUUUUCUUUUCAUUACAAAUCAUUUUAAACUUUUUUUUUUUUUUUUUCUUCAUCCAAAAUGGGAGAAAUAACCUUUUCACGGAUCCAUAUUAAUUAUACUUAGAGGAAUUAUUUUUCUUUUACCUUAAAGAUCUAACUAAAUAUGAUUUUAAAACCAACAUAUUUUGAAUUAUAAUAUAAAAGUAGCCCCAAGCUGUUUGGUCACAUAUCUCUCAUGUCAAUCUUUAUACUUGUUUCUAAGACUAUUAUUCAGUCUUGCAAAAAGAAGCUGCCUACCAUGCAUGAGUUACAACAGUAAACCCUUGUAAAUAUAACCACUUCCGGUGUUUGAAUAGUAUUGGCAGAUUAAUUCUACUAUUAUAGAGGUUUUUUCCUCCCUGGCUGGAAAUGUCUUUUAAAAUGAUUUUAUUAAAGCAUGUUGGUAGCAAUCUACAACCAAUAAUUUUUUUUAAGGAUGCGAGAUGUGAUGUUUUACAAGUCUAGUUGAAGCCUAAACCUUAUGAUGGAGUUCUCUUUCUCAUGGGCUAUUCCUCUCUUGCCUAGCCUGGCUCAUGUCGGGUCAGGGUUAUCGUCCAAUCCUACAUUUAUAUGGUUUACUUUGACAGAAUGUUCUGUUCUAGCAUCAACUUCUUGGACAAUUCAACAUUGUGAAUUUUUACAAAGCUGUUGAAAUAUUAUAUAGACUUUUUUCUGAAUUAUUUUUUUACUGUAGUUUUAUUCUGAACAUUUUAUAUUUUUAUUAGAAUUCCAUGUAAAUACCUUUGAUUAAUCCCCGUCCUUAAUAUUGUGUUAUUUUUGUUCCAAUUAGUUUUAGAGUGAGUGAAUAAAUAAUUGAUCACAAUUCUGAGGG